AUGAAUGUUUAUGGAAGCAUUAUAAUCCUUUGUACUACAAUCGCUCUUUCGGGAUCGUUCUUGUUUGCUCUCAGUCCAAUCUCGAGGCAGAGACGUCGAGCCAUCGAGAAGCUGAGGCUCGUUAAUGAAGCUUUGAUUGGUGCGGAAGAGAAUGUGGCGAGGCUUCAAGAGCGUCAUGAUGUGAUGCUGAAAGAGAUAUGCUCUUAUUAUCUUGUUAACUCCGAGUUACAAGAAUCUUUGGUUGCAGCUCGAGCAGCCAUUAAUGAUGCUUCUGGGUUUGUCAUGGAGCUUAGGAGAUUACAGUUGAAUAUUUUAAAUUCUCUUUCUUGA